GCCCGAAACAGUUGCGACUGCAACGUCGAUUUGUGACGACGGACCGUCCACAGCGUCCUAGUUCCCACUGUCCACAAAGGAUACAAGCCCGAAUAACAAAACCAGCAAUACAUACAAGCCAACAGGCCCAAUACUCAAGUACAAAAUGCUUGCCUAGCUGAAGAAACUGAAAUAUUGCGCAUACGCCGCAUAGUGCAAACAAUUAACUGUGAUACAAGUUGAAUUUUCUUGAUUUCGUUGGUCCCCGCACCAAAGCAACCUAUCCUACCUAACUUACUUGUGCUAUCUCCAAAACCCAAGAAGCCGCAAAGAAGCAGAAUGUCGGUGCCAAUGCUGCUGACCCCCAUGGAAGCCCAGAGUCCGGAUGACCACAUGCAAAAUUGCGCCGCCUUCGUGGACGGAGCCUCCAUCACCUAUGGAACCGGAAACGCGCUAGAGUCGGGAUCUGGAUCCUCCGCCGCUUGUAAGCCCACUCUGCGGGAGUUCAAUGUGCGGCUGGAGGUUCCCCUGGCCGCCGAGGAGCGACUGGGGCUUACCGGCGAUGUGAAAGCCCUCGGCGAGUGGCAGCUGUCCAGGAGUGUGGCUCUGGAAUCGCUGGACGAGCUCAACUGGCAGGCCACGGUGCCCCUUCAAUCAUGCCGCCAGCUGGAGUACCGCUACUUUGUCUACGUGGAGGAUCUCUCUGGCUACAAGCAGAUCCGCCGUUGGGAGACCCAUUUCAAGCCCAGGUCCCUGGGACCCUGCACGGAGCUACAGUGCAGCCAGUUGGACGUCUUCGGAAUUACGUCGGACAACUCCGAUCUAAAGCCGCAGGUGCACCGCGGCUGGCUCAACCAUGAGGCCAUUCUGCAGCUCAAGUUCAACGGCGAGAAGAUGUUUCAAGUCCAUGACAUCGAGACCUUUGACCCCCAGCACGUCCAGCUGAAGAUUUUGCCCGUGGAAAAGACCGCUGGCCUGCAUGUGGAGUACUCUAAACAGGAGUACGGCAAGAGCCAGCUGGAGCUGCAGCCUACUUUCGGAGUGCCCUACACCAAGGGCGACAUUGUCAUCUUUCACAUCACGCUGCCGCUGGAGAGGAUGAUGGAGCAGCACUUCCGCUUGGAGUGCUACAGCAUGUCCAACGAACUUCUGGGCAGUGCCACUCUGGUCACCUCGGACCUGACUGGCAGCGAGGGAGUGCUCCACCUGCCGAUAAAGUCGGCUAAGAAUGCAGAUGAGACCCUGGCCAGGCUGAGGCUUCCCUAUGUCGCGGUGCAGCCUUACCGCUACUCGCCGCUAGACUUCAAAAACACCUAUGCUCACUACUGGCCCAAGAGCUGGCCCAACCUGGAUGUGGGUCAUCGUGGAAAUGGCAAGAGUUACAUUGCAGACGCUCCUGCGGAGAGGGAGAACACUAUCGCCUCUUUCCUGAGCGCCCAUGAACAUCAUGCAGACAUGAUCGAGUUGGAUGUCCACUUGACUGCUGACGGUGUGCCUGUGAUUUAUCACGAUUUUGGAUUGCGAACUGCUCCGCCUGGCAAGCAGAUCAGCCGCCCAGAUCAGCUGGAGUACGUGCUGAUCAAAGACAUAAACUAUGAGCUGCUCAAGAGGCUGCGCAUCUUCUCUGUGAUCGCAGGACAAGUGAGAGAGUAUCCCUCGCACAACGCCGAGCCCAGGAUGGAACACCGCAUAUUUCCAACGCUGGUGGAGGUACUGGAGAAGCUGCCCAAGUCACUGGGCAUUGAUGUGGAGAUUAAGUGGCCACAGCGUCGCCAAGGCGGAGGAUCAGAGGCUGAGCAAACAAUCGACAAGAACUUCUUCGCCGACAAGGUGCUCCAUCAGGUGAUCCAGAAGGGCUGUGGCAGACCCAUUAUCUUCUCCAGCUUCGAUGCUGACAUGUGCACAAUGCUGAGGUUCAAGCAGAACGUCUUCCCAGUGAUGUUCCUCACGCAGGGAGAGACGAAGAAGUGGCAGCCGUUCCUGGAUCUGCGAACACGCACCUUCAUUGCAGCCGUUAACAAUGCUCAAGCUUUCGAGCUGGCUGGCACAGCUCCACACGCCGAGGACUUCCUGGGUGAAAAUGCCUCGGAAAUGCUGCAAAAAGCCAAGGACCUGGGCCAGAUAGCUGUGAUCUGGGGCGACGAUUGCAACUCCAAGGAGCGGGUGCAGUACUUCACCCGGAUCGGGGCCACCGCCACAUGCUACGAUCGCAGUGAUCUCUUCAUGCCGGAGGGCAAGCGGGAAGCCUUCUUCAAAUCACCCGCACUGAUGGCCGAGUUCGCGGCCCAGUGCCGGAUCUAAGAAAUGGGGUUACUAGAAUGAAACGGGCGGGUACAAUUAAGCUAUGGCUAAUCAUUAGGCUUUUUAAGUUAGCUUGUAUAUUUAUUUAAACACUAACUGGGAAAGAGAAAUGUGGGAAGCUUUAAAGUGGUUGGGUAAUUUGUAGUUUCUCGUUGCCCAACGGAAACAACGAAACGGAGACCCAUAAAUAAAUCAUCUCUAUGCACGUUAAGCCGUCAUUUGGCAAAAUUACACAUGCAAAAAAGGAAUUCCCCCAAAGUUAAGUAGCACCACAAAAGACAAUGGGAAGAAAGCGAAGCGACGAAUGGAUAAUUACAAAAAUAUUUACACCUACAUUACCUGCUUUAAAUCAAUCUAUCUAUACCUCAAUGCAAAACUUGCAAAAAAAAUGUUGCUAAUAAGCUUUUGCUAUUAAAAUCAAAACAAGAAAAAAACUAUUAAAAUGUGGACGAAACAGAUAACCACAGAUGCUUGUGUAACUUGUGCAAAAACACUUGUUUGUAAAUUAGAAGACAUUUUAUUUAACUGUUGUAAAUCUAAUUUGAUGCGUCUUUCUAAAAUUUUAAAAUUUACGUUUUUUUCUUAAAGUUGUUUAUAUUGUAUACAUUUGUGUAAACAAUUUUUAAGAUUUAAAGAUAAUCAAUUGUAUCGACAGAAAUAUUCAAAGAAGUCGCUACACCUAUCCAACUCUAAGAAAAAGCAAUAAUAUAUUUUUAUCAAUAUUACAAUCAGUUUUAUGACAAAAACCAAAAGUGAUUGAUUCGUAUGUAAAUAAAAUCACACCAAAUAUUUUCGUAAAAA